UAAUCCAACCUGCGAUUUAUUGUCAAGCACACGUCUGAGGUGAUUUCGUUCCAUCACUCUGCGCCGGUCAAAGUACUUGCCAAUUACCAUGACCGCGCCGCCGCUACUUUUUCUACCAUUGUACUCAUGAGCAACAACAUCAUGUCCGAACAGUACCCGACGUUGGCGCAAUGCGCGCUUGUCGCGGCCGCCUUCAAGAUUCUGCUUUUCCCAGCAUAUAAAUCCACCGACUUCGAAGUGCACCGCAAUUGGCUCGCCAUUACCAACAGCUUGCCGCUUUCUCAAUGGUACUACGAAAAGACGUCGGAAUGGACCCUCGAUUACCCUCCCUUCUUCGCCUACUUCGAAUGGACCUUGUCCCACAUCGCGCGACUCGUGGACACGGCCAUGGUCCGCAUACACAAUCUCGACUAUGACAGUUGGCAGACGAUUUACUUUCAGCGCACCUCAGUCAUUGUGACUGAGGUCAUGCUUGUCUACGCCCUCCAAUUGUUUAUGGAAACCUCGCCGCUGCAGUCAAGGAGAGCAGCGCAUGUUGUCGCGUUGUCCAUCAUUCUCUCGCCUGGACUGCUCAUCAUUGACCACAUUCAUUUCCAGUACAAUGGCUUCAUGUAUGGGAUUUUGGUGUGGUCCUUGGUACUUGCGCGCUGUAAGACCACCCUGCUGUCUAGCGGCCUCAUCUUUGCGGCCUUGCUGUGUUUCAAACACAUUUACCUAUACCUGGCGCCAGCUUACUUUGUGUUUCUACUCCGCACCUAUUGCCUGUCGGCCAAGUCCAUCUUCCGUCCACGGAUCUUCAACUGCAUCAAGCUAGGUGGGGGUAUCGCGGGCAUCUUAGGGGCAGCCUUUGGCCCGUUUGUGUUCACGGAGCAAAUGCCACAGAUGCUCAGCCGUUUGUUCCCAUUCUCGAGGGGCUUGUGCCAUGCUUACUGGGCACCAAACGUCUGGGCCAUGUACUCGUUCACCGAUAGGGUCCUCAUCCACCUUGCCCCUCGUUUGGGAUUGACACUGAAAGAAGACGCUCUGUCCAGCGUAACGCGCGGACUUGUCGGCGACACAGCGUUUGCUGUGCUUCCCGAGAUCACCCCAAGGACGUGUUUAAUCCUCACUCUGUUCUUCCAGAUCCUGCCCCUUCUGAAGCUCUUUUCGAAACCUACAUGGGAGAACUUCAUUGGCGCUGUCACUCUUUGCGGAUACGCCUCGUUUCUGUUCGGAUGGCAUGUGCAUGAGAAGGCCAUCUUGCUGGUGAUCAUCCCCUUCAGCCUGGUGGCGCUCAGGGAUCGACGACACUUCGGCGCGUUCAAGCCGCUGGCUGUCGCGGGUCAUGUUUCGCUCUUCCCUUUGCUCUUCACGCCGGCCGAAUUUCCCAUCAAGACGAUAUACACCAUCUUCUGGCUGGUCUUAUUCCUGAUGAUAUUUGAGCGGAUGGCGCCAGCGUCGAAAAAGCCGCGUUUCUUCCUUCUGGACCGCUUCAGCACCCUUUAUAUUGCAGUGAGCAUUCCACUCAUUGCCUACACUUCUCUCCUGCAUCAGAUUGUGUUUGGGAAACGCUACGAGUUCCUGCCCCUGAUGUUUACCAGCUCUUACGCCGCCAUUGGGGUAUUUGGGAGCUGGGUGGGUUACAUGGUUGUGUAUUUCACCGCAUAAGGAACAGAGAAAAGGACCUCUUCCAGAACCAUCAAAUCAAAACAUUGCCUUCAAGAGAGUUGUGUGUGCGAAUGAUUGGAACAUGUUGCCCUGGUUUAAUACAUGGCCUUUGUUUGAUGAGUCAGCAGUUUUACCGUCAGGGGAGCAGUGGGUUCCGGCUCACGUGGAGACGGGAUGUGAUGCAUCGCCCACGCCAGGGCGCGUGUCAUGAGGCUUUGCUUUCGACACCGAACAGACAGCGAAAGGAACAAGGGUCAUGUCGCUGCGAGGUCGAAUCGCAAUACAAAAUACAGUGAAAGCACAAGAAUCCAAGCUUAAUGCUCAGCUACUCCGUAGGGGGUGUCUUUAUUGACUUGAAGAUUACCCGAUUGGGAUACUAGAUGUCUAAGUGAACGUUGAACCAUAACAACAAGGCAAAGGACACUGUACAAUGCACCAAGCUUACGAUAGUACACUCAGAC